AUGGGUCAGAAGCUAACUCCACCAAGUCUGACGUUUGAUACUUUGUGCGUCAUCAGGCGCGGGAAGAGCGAUCUCAUUCUCGAGGGCGUGCUGAGGGUGGAGAGGUUUCUCCAUGAAAUGAAGGCCACCAUCACCAGUCCCGCAUCCUCCACGUUCCACUUUUCGCCGAACCCAUCCCACGAUGGAGUCUUCAAGGGAGCAUCGCUCUUUGCCGAGCACCGCCCACCCGUGGUAUCUCCGGCUCUCCGGUCUGCAUCGCGGGGGUCCUUCUCCGGGUCUCCACUCAACGAGAUGCAUCAUCCGCAACGCACACCCCUCUCUGAGACACAAUACCAGAACAACUAUGACAAUGCCGUGCUUGAUUCCAUGCACACGAGCACCACGGAGUCCGUUCUUCAGUGGCCUCACUUCGAUGCUUACUCGGCCAUGCGGGAUGGGUAUGUUUCCAUCUUCCACCUCGAACAAUCACGACAGGCGGUGAAGACACGAUCUACAAGCAUGUAUCCUUAUGUAACGUCAGAGAAUAUUGAGGGUAUCAUCGAUUCGUUCGAGUACACCAUCAAUUUCUGGUAUCCAACCAUGUCCCGCAACCAACUUGAACAGGUCCGUGAUCUUAUCUCAGGCGGCAUUCCGGAAGAAGAUAGUAUCCUAGCGUGCCUGGCGCUUUUGACCAUGGCUCUGGGGUGCGCCGGUCAGGUCACCGCGGGUUUGACGACAGGAAAGGCGUUAAGCGGAGAGGAACGAAAGCGGAGGGCGGCAAUGAAGGCCAUGGGUGAUGUGUACUUUGACAGCGUUCUGAAGAAGCUCCAUGUCGUGCACACCAACGUGGGGAGCACAGCCACGCACUGCUUGUUUUUCACAGCUAUGUACUUUGCAUUCCUCAGACGACCGUUGCAGGCGUGGGAAUACAUCAACGCUGCUUCCGCCAAAUGCCUCUUGCUGCUUUCCUACCCUCCCGAGUCCGAGUCGGCCGAAGACCUGGAGCGGAUUCGCAGGAUCUUUUGGUCUUGUUACAUCCUUGAGAGCGAUUAUCUCGCUGAGCUUUCUGGGCUUCCCCAGUCUGGUAUUGCACGCAUCGAGGCGUCAACUCCUCUUCCAGGGGAUUAUAAUACCCACCGGGACCCUCAGAUUGAAGAGCAGUCAUCCAUGUAUUUUCUCGCUUGUAUCUCGAUGCGCCGUCUCUUGAAUCGGGUUCAUCAACUUCUCUACGCCCGCGGCACUGGUGCCGCCCUCGAUCACGCGCGCUUCCCCUACGUCGUUGCCGAGCUAAAUCACCAGCUCGACGAUUGGCGUGAGGUUCUACCACCGGCAUUUGCAUUCAGCGUCGGAUUCAAUGAAGUCAACAAUAGCCAGAGCACAGCGACGGAACACGGGGGCUUCCUGAGGCAGAGGUAUCUGACUUGUCGAAGCGUCAUUUAUCGACCAUAUCUCAUGUGGAUGCUGAGUGGCAUGGCCGGCGGGAACGGGGCCAGCUCCGACCUUCUCGUUAGUCAAGAUGCCUUAAACAACUGUAAAGCUUGCUUGGAUGCGUGCUUGCUGCAUAUUCUCAACUUGAGGGGCUUUGGUCAGACGGUCUUGGUUGAUACGUGGAUUUGCUCUCUUUCCAUGGCCGGUGCAAUGCUUGUGUUACUUGCCGCCUGUCGUAUCUCAACGCUAAAGGACAUGAUCGGGCCUGAAGUCCUCGGAGCCGGUGCCCACUUGAGGCAGCUCUUGCAGGGCUGGCAGGGAGUCAUGGGCGAGCCUACGUCUCCCAGCGUUAACCAAGCCAUCCGAAUCAUCAGCGACGCAGAUAGAUUCAUCAAAGAGGUCUACCAAGCGGGAGACUCGUAUUCUAUGAGGCGUCAAUGA